AUGUCGUUCGACACCAUCCUCGCUGAGGUGGGCUCUUUCGGGCCCUUCCAGGGGGUGCUGGUGGCUCUCGCGGUGAUCCCACGAAUCGUUCUCCCCUGCAAUUUCCUGCUCAACAAUUUCAUCGCCGCCGUGCCAUCUCACCGGUGCCGCAUCGGUCCAUGGGACUCGUCGGCGGACCUGGGUGACGAAACAUCAUGCCAAAUUUUAGCGGCAAAUGACUCCGGGGAGACGCCCACCACCGGGUGUCGUUACGGGUGGAUUUACGACAAUUCCACUUUUUCUUCCACCAUCGCAACUGAGUGGGAUCUAGUUUGUGACUGGAAGCAUCUCCCCCAAACCACCAACACCAUUUUCUUCCUUGGUUUGACGCUCGGUUCUGUGGUGUUUGGCGUGUUGUCAGAUAAUUACGGGCGCAAAUGGAGCCUGUUGAUCUCGUACGUGUUGUCCUUAACGUUCGGCUUGGCCAGUGCGUCGGCCAAAUCCUACGUAGUCUUCGCCGUGCUCAGGUUCCUCAGCGGUGCUGCACUGGCGGGUCUCAGCCUCAUCUCCAUCACCCUCUGCGUCGAGUGGGUGGACUCAUCUCACCGUGCGUCCAUGUGCAUCAUCGGCAGCCUGACGUGGUCGCUAGGCAACAUGCUGCUGGGCGCUUUUGCGUUCUUCAUCAAUGAUUGGCGACCGCUGGUUGUGGCCGUCACCACCCCGCUGGCCUUUGGCAUCCUCACCUGGUGGUGGGUGCCUGAGUCGGCCCGAUGGCUUCUGACCAAUGGCGACGCGGAAAAAGCGAAAUUUUACCUGGACAGAUGCGCCAGACUUAACAACAGACCUAAACUGUCCAAAGUCCAAAUGGAGGCUUUGUCCGACAUGGAAACUUCGGAUAAGGACCAAAAGUACACGUUCCUUCACCUGUUCCAGACGCCAAAGCUAAGAAAAAUCUCGCUGAUCACCGGAAUCGCAUGGUACGGCACGGCAGUGACGUACUACGGCAUCAGCUUAAACUUGGGCGGCUUCGGCCUCAACUUGUACCUGACGCACUUCGUUUACGCCGCCGUGGAGGUUCCUGCCAAGCUGCUGCUUUCCGUGCUGAUAAACAGGAUCGGUCGCCGGCCGUGUUUGGUCAGCACCUUGGUGCUGACAGGAACCUGCAUCGGGCUCAACAUUUUGGUCCCAAGGGAUUUGUGGCACGUGCGAUCAGCGGUGGCGGUUUUGGGAAAAGGCCUUUCCGAAGCAUCCUUCACGACCAUCUACCUGUACACCACAGAGCUUUACCCUACUGUGCUCAGACAGAACGGCAUGGGUUUUACGAGCGUGAUGAGUCGUGUGGGAGUAUCUAUGGCGCCACUGGUUCUCCUCCUGGACAACGUGUGGACGCUCCUCCCUCAAAUUCUGCUGUGCGCCGGCGCAGUCUUCUGCGGCCUGGUGGCGCUCUGGCUGCCCGAGACCCUCCACGUCCGGCUGCCAGAGACCGUUGGGGACGUGGAGCGGGCCAGAUGUGGAAAAGGAGAAGAAGAUGUUCCUCUGAAGACAAGUGUUACAACAUGA